AUGCAUCACUCACUAAUUCUUUUCAAACUGUUCGUUUUCCUAUUCGCUACUAGUGUUGCCGCGGAAGGGUUCAAAUCUUCCCGAAGUUCAACUACAGCGUUGUAUACUCCUUCCACGACCUCGACAAAAUCCAGGUCCACCAGCUGGUCAUCCUCCUCCAAGUAUAAUGUAACCACAACAACACACACAACACAAACAAACACGCAUACCUCAUCAAAAGCUGAUCUAACAUCCGUAUUACCUCAGUCCAUCUCGGAUCUCCUCUUCCCGACUGUCCUUCCUCAGCAUCCCAUUCUCCCAAAGAACAUCCCUUCUGGGAGGGGUGCUUUGCCUCAGAGCCAGACCAACGGUAAAGGUUUGUUAGGUGCUAUUGGGCAGCAAGGUGCACCCAAGUAUCCUCCUUUUGUUGGUUCGAAUCUGGGAGGUUCCGGUGGUUAUGCUGGCGUCUCUUCUGGUAGCGGUAACAGAGGUUCAAAUGGAGGUGCCGGAGGUUCGUCUGGCAGUUUUGGCCUUCCUGGCCGCCCUGGUCGACCAAACGGCCCUGGUACUGGUUCUAGCCCACCUCCAGGAGGAUUUCCUUGGGGAGGUAGAACGGUUGGUAACACAAACCCUUACAGAAGCCCACCGAAAACAGGUGUCGUUCGAAAGUAUCAAUUCGUGGUUGAACGUGCGACCUUAGCACCAGAUGGUGUCGCGACGGAUCUCAUUGUCAUCAACGGAGCAUUCCCUGGACCGACCAUUGAAGUCAAUUGGGGUGAUGAUGUUGAGGUUACUGUCAUCAACAAAAUCACUGGACCAACGGAAGGCGUAUCUAUCCACUGGCAUGGCUUGCUCCAGACUGGUACACCUUACGAGGACGGAGUCCCCGGUAUCACGCAGUGCCCUAUCGCGCCAGGUCAAACUUUCACUUACAGAUUCAAUGCCGAUCUCUAUGGCACCAGCUGGUACCAUUCUCAUUAUUCUGCACAGUACGCUGCUGGUAUCUUUGGAGCGAUGAUCAUUCAUGGGCCCACUCAAGUCGAUUAUGAUGAGGAUCUUGGCCCUGUCCUCAUCAACGACUAUUACCACCGCGAAUACUAUGAUAUUGUUGAGGACGUGAUGGGAACAGAUUUGAGCAAGAUCGUCCCCUUUUCCGAUAAUAACCUCAUCAACGGCAAAGGAACUUACGAUUGCUCAACCGACAACACCACCACCUGUACAUCCAAUGCCGGAUACUCCAAGUUUCAGUUCCAAACGGGGAAGAAAUACCGUAUGAGAUUGAUCAACGCCGGCGCCGAAGGUAUACAGAAGUUCAGUAUUGACGGCCACAACUUGACCGUGAUGGCCUAUGAUUUCGUGCCGAUCGUCCCAUACAGCACCAACAUCAUCACACUUGGUAUCGGUCAGCGUGCAGAUGUCAUAGUUGAAGCCACCGGAUCCGCCAAGGACGCAUACUGGCUCCGCUCCACGAUCAGCAACUGUUCGCUCGCCCACCAACCAAAUGCCUACGCCAUGAUCUUCUAUCAAAACGCGGAUACAAACGGUAAGCCCAACUCGAAAGCAUGGGUCGACACCACGGACAGCUGCGCCAACGAUGACCUCUCCAAGAUCGUACCAUACUUCAGCAUCACCCCGCCGGCCAAUCCAGCGAAAGAAAUCACCGUCGACAUCAACUUCGGCUUGAACGCCACGGGCCACCUGCUCUGGCUGAUGAACAACUCGACGUUCCGCACCGACUACAACGACCCGGCCUUGUACCGCGCCCACGACGCCAACUCAUCCUUUACCUACCCGGAAGAGUGGAACGUCUAUGACUUCGGCAGUGCCUCGUCCGUCCGCGUGGUCAUCAAUAACUUGACGCCCGUCGCCCACCCGAUGCACAUCCACGGCCACAACAUGUACGUCCUGGCCGAGGGUGUGGGCGAAUGGAACGGCGCGGUCGUCAGGCCCAGCAACCCGACGCGCAGAGAUGUCCAGCAGCUGCGUCCCGCGGCCUUCAAUAAGGAUGGGAGCGUCACCCCCGCUCAUAUGGUCUUCCAGAUCGACGCCGAUAAUCCAGGCAUGUGGCCUUUCCACUGCCAUAUUGCUUGGCACGUCAGUGGUGGCUUGUACAUUAAUCUUCUGGAACGUCCCGCCGAUAUCCCCAAGAUCAACAUCCCCGCCGAAGCCACCGCUCUCUGCAAGUCCUGGAACGACUACACCAGUCUAGGUCCCAUCGACCAGAUCGAUUCGGGUUUGUAA